AUGAGCGCCCCGAAACGUCCUCGGCGGCUGUUUGCGGCCUGCCAUCGCUGCCACUCGCAAAAGAUCAAGUGCUCCGGCGAACAGCCGUGCCGGUCGUGUGUCGCCGGCGAUCGGGGCGCCGAGUGCACGUUUCCUGCCAAGGAGCGCAAGAUUGCCGUGCCGGAGAGUUAUCUUCGCAACCUCGAAGCCGACAGCAAACGCCUCCGCGCCGUGAUCCAAUCCCAACGCACCCAAAAUCCAACGCCCGAAAGCCAUGCCGCCAGCCCAGGUCCGGGACCUGCCAGGAAUCAUGACGACGACGACGACGCCCUGCCCCUCUCCCCCGAAGAAACCCGCAUGCUUAACCCCCUCUUCGACGCCCAGCCCUCUCCUCCCCUAGCCCAGCAGCCCCGCGAACCGUCCUCCGAACCGGGGUUCAUCGGCGAAGCCUCCUGUGCCGCCUUCAGUAAUCGCAUGCUACAGUGUCUCGACGGCACGUACGCGCCUUCCACGGCCGGGUUCUCUCAUUACUACCGGCUUCCACCACCACCUCCUGAUCCCAGUGCUCGCUUGCCGAUCUCGCUCGAAGAAGAAAUCUGCUAUUUCCCCGAGCGUAUGCACGCUAAACUGCUUCUUAACGUCGCCCGGCGGUUCAUAGGGAACUACCACCCUCUGUUUUUGGAAGUGACCUUCAUGCGGGAGCUGGAUGCGGUGUAUCGGAGACAGAUGACGCCGUCGACGCUGUGGUUGUGCAAGUUUUAUGCACUGAUGGCGCUCGGGGAGACGUAUACGAAUCGGAGGGGGGUGUUGGAUAGUAAUCGGGUGCCGGGGACGGCGUAUUAUGUGAGGGCGGUGCAUAUGCAUAUGCAGUUGUUGCAGGAUGUGUAUGAGGAACCGUCGUUGAUGCAGGUUGAGGUGUUGACUUUGUUGGCCUGGGCCUCCAACAUCUUAGGGCGCGUGCGCACCGCGUUCGGAUACAGCGGCACGGCGAUGCGGUUGGCCCUCAGCAUGGGCUUGAACCGCGCGACACCCAGCCACUCGCCGCUGUCGCCUGUUGAGCGGGAGAGUCGCCGGCGUACGUGGUGGGUGCUGUAUUUCUUUGAACGCUUUUCGGCGUCCAAGCUGGGCCAGCCCAUCACGGUGCGCGACGAGGAUAUCGAUACAGAAAUGCCGAGUAUGGACGGCCUGACGGACGACGAGACGGCUGAGUUUCUGGACCCGGUGCCGAUUUGCACGAAUAUUAAGUUGGCUAGGAUUAUUGGGAAUAUCCUGACCGAUAUUUAUGGCAUCCCCAAGAGCACACGCGGCCUCUGCAUCCACCGCGUGCACGGCAUCCUCAAGCAGCUUCGUGAAUGGCACGACGAGCUCCCCAAGGGCAUGCGCAUCCGCGACCGCGGCACCCCCCGGCCCGUCGCCAGCCUGCACCUCGCAUACAACCAGUGCAUCAUCCAGACCACCCGACCGAUCCUGCUGCACUUGUUCAAAACUCAGUUCCAGCUGGGCGGCCAACCAGGUUCUUCCUCUACAAAACCCGGUGACGAGAAAGCCGCUGACAAUGAGACACCCCCGCGCAAACACACCUUCUCCUCCAUCACCCUCGCCCUAGCCGACAGCUGUGUCAACGCAGCCCUGGCCUCCAGCCGCACCGUCGAAAGCCUUUUUCUAGACGGCUCCAUCGCGACCUUCGGCUACUGGGACGCGCACCACAUCUUCUCCGCCGCCCUCAUCCUCAUCAUGUCAACCAUGAUGAAGCGAGGCCCUUCAACCUCCACAACUGCAACGGCCGCUACAACCUCGGAAGCGCUAGAAACCUUGUUGAGUAUCUUAAGGUCGAUGAAACACGACGGGAACAUCCCUGCAGUCGAUUUCUGCGAGAGGUUGGCGCAUAUCCAGGCGCGUGUCGCGACCCUCAGGCCACAGAGGGAGAUUCAGUUGUCUCGAGCGCCAUCACCCGCGCCUGUGCAGGAUGGGUCUGCGGUAAUAGCAAUGCAGCAGCAGCCGGUGGGAAUGCAAAACACGAUGGCCAUGCCGUUGGCUACUACUACUAAUAAUGGGAUGGGAGGAGGAGCCGGAAAUGGAAAUGGGACUACGGCAGGGGGCGUCUACGGAGACGUCGACAUCCUCGGUAACCCGCUGAUCGGCACAUUUCUCGACGAAAUCCGCGCCCCGCCGCCGUGGCCGGACGCGUUGCUUGCCGAGGACGGCACGCUACGGGAGUUUGCCUCGGAGAUUGAGGAGCAGUUUCUAUUUGCCAUGUAG